GUUUAGUAUUCAUAACAAAGAUUCAUUAUAGUACAAAUAAUAAGUUAUAGCGUAAACCGGUAGAGAAAUAGAGAGGAAAAAGAGGAUCAAAAAUGUACAAGAGUGCGAAAUGUGUGACUCCCAUUAGAAAAGACACAAGUUUGUAUAAUGUUUCAUUGGUAACCUUAGUUAGGCCUUUCUCUUUCCAUGUGCUAACAACAACAUACGUAUAUAUAUAAAUGUCUCACAAACAUUACCUUCAGCCAUUCUCUUAUUUGGCUCAUUCGAUUAUUAUAGGAGGAAACCAUGGAGCUAAGGAAAUCUCAAGUGGCCAUGCCUGUUUUCUUGGCAAUAAUGAGUCUAAUGGUGAGUCAAGUGGUCUUCGCCGAGAAAGAUUCAGGUUCAAUGUCCCCUCAUGAUCGGGCAUUAGCAGAAAUGCAAGCCCUUAAAGCUUCAUUGGUUCGGCGAAAUCUACCGGCUUUGGUAUCUCCUCCUCCUACCCCUCCUCAGGUAUAUUAUAUAACCUUCUCUAGUCAUAAUGAUCAUGUAGUUUAUCUAUGAUUGAGUUUGUUCAGAAGGUUUUCAUCAAGUGAUAACAUAGAAGAUAAAAUGAUGUAGGCCGUACCCGGUCCGCGCGUGUACCAAGUGAUAUCAUAUGGUGCCGAUCCCACAGGGAAAUUGGAUAGCACGGAUGCAAUAUUAAAAGCUAUGGAAGAAGCAUUUGAUGGUCCAAAUCAUGGAGUUUUGAUGCAAGGUAUAAAUGAUCUCGGAGGAGCAAGAAUUGAUCUUCAAGGUGGAAGCUACUUAAUCAGCCGUCCUCUACGGUUUCCCUCAGCCGGCGCCGGAAAUCUUCUUAUAAGCGGAGGUACAUUAAGAGCAUCAAAUGAUUUCCCGGUCGAUAGGUACUUAAUCGAACUCAAAGACGAAUCGUCAAAGUUACAAUACAUCUUCGAAUACAUAACUCUCAGAGAUCUUCUCAUCGAUUGCAACUACCGCGGCGGAGCAAUCGCCGUCAUCAACUCUCUCCGGACAAGCAUAGACAACUGUUACAUCACACGGUUCGGAGACACGAACGGGAUUCUUGUCAAAAGUGGACACGAGACUUAUAUCCGAAACUCGUUUCUUGGUCAACACAUAACCGCCGGUGGAGACAGAGGAGAAAGAAGCUUUUCCGGCACCGCCAUCAAUUUGAUGGGAAACGAUAACGCCGUUACUGACACCGUUAUAUUCUCCGCCAGGAUCGGAGUAAUGGUAUCGGGACAAGCUAACUUAUUGUCCGGCGUGCAUUGCUAUAACAAAGCAACCGGUUUUGGAGGAACCGGGAUUUAUUUGAGAUUACCCGGUUUAACUCAGAACCGGAUUGUGAAUUCGUAUUUGGAUUAUACCGGUAUCGUCGCGGAAGAUCCGGUUCAGUUACAGAUUUCAGGGACGUUUUUUUUGGGAGAUGCGUUUAUUUUGUUGAAAUCGAUAGCCGGAUAUAUUCGUGGGGUUAGUAUUGUUGACAAUAUGUUUUCCGGGUCGGGUCAUGGGGUCCAGAUUGUUCAAUUGGAUCAGAGGAACACUGCGUUUGAUGACGUUGGCCAGGUGGUCGUUGACCGUAACAGUGUGAACGGAAUGGUAGAGAAAUCGACGGUGGCUAGAGGUUCGGUAGAUGGAAACGGGACGUCUUGGACCGUUGAUUUUAACCCGGUUUUGUUGUUCCCGGAUUUAAUCAACCACGUGCAGUACACACUUGUGGCGAGUGAAGCUGGCGUGUUUCCUCUGCACGCGCUAAGGAACGUUUCUGAUAACCGGGUGGUCGUUGAGACAAACGCUCCUGUUACUGGGACAGUUUAUGUAACAGUGAAUCAAGGAGUUUAAUGUCGUGUUUUUGCCGUUUAAUGGUUUUAUAAUUUUAUAAAAUGAUUUAUACUUGUUGGUUUUUAUUUGUAAUUUUUCCUGUAAGGGGGAAAUUUAUUUUUUAUACAGCUAAUAAAUGAUAAAAACUCGAAAAUUGUGACUA